CACUCAAUUAACUUCAUUCUCUUUUAUUAAAAGAUGACGUCACCCCCGAAAAAAAAACAUUAUUUACAAGAGAACUAAUAACAAAUGGGUGUAGAAAAAGUGGUGUAACUUGGAGAUUUUUUUUAUUGUCAUCAGUGUUAAUUUAAAGCCGUCACUGUCAAUUACCAAUUUUAUUUUUCCGAUCAGUGAUUUUCUUUUAAAUUCGUCAAUGGGCUUUGAGAGAGAGUCUUCUCGUUGGGUUUUAUGUUCAUCUCAGAUUCUUGUUGUCUUUCCUGAGCCCCCCCAAGUGGUCCAGAAUGACUUCACCUGUAGCACUCAAGGAAACCUCAUCAGAAACCCCUGUUAAGAUUCUGGAUGGUUCUGAUGAGAUUUCUGAUGCCUUCAUGGCAUCUUUGUAAUUCCCAGCGUCCCCGGCGAGAUGUGCUGUAGAAGGGCGGUCGAACGAUUUUCAGAAUUUCUCCAAGUCUCUCAGAACACACUUUGAAUGAUCAUUUAUCAACAUUGGCUCUGCGCAGGUCCAACAUCAACAAAGUGAGACCUUGUGUCUCCAAGAACCAUUUCAGCUCCAAUAGAAGAUGCUUGGGGAGAAGCAAACUGGACAGUGCUGGUUCUGAAAGCAAAACAUUCACGUGUGCCGCCGCCGUCGCCACUGUAGCGGGAUGCUGCUGCCGCCGCCGCCGCUGCUUUUUUGCCUGCUUUUCGCCUCACUGGCCUGCAACACAAUGCAACAGCUGGACAGACAAGCAGCAGACUCCCAGCGUGUCGGUGAGGUUGCCGUGACAACCAGGCCUCUCAUCUACAAAUGCCGUUCGCCCAACAUGGAGGUGUUCACCUGCUGGUGGCAUCCGCUCAGCAACCUGACGGAGGGAGAGGAGGUGACCUACGUGCUCACCUAUUCCAAAGACAAUGAGCCCAAACACGAGUGUCCCGACUACACGAGCAGAGGUGCCAACAGCUGCUUUUUUGACAGCAGCCACACGUUCAUAUGGAACAUCUACUGCAUGAAUGUCACGGCCAUAACGGCACGGCAAAAUUUUACCUCACCUCAACAUUGCCUUGAUGUCGCCGACGUCGUUCAGACCGAAGCGCCGAUCAACCUAACUUACCAACUGACUGAUGCCGGCGGGGACGAGAUAGGUCACGACGUACUACUCACCUGGGUGUACCCGAGGCCCUCUGACCUCAAAUACGGCUGGAUCACGCUGGUCUACGAACUGCAGUACAGACAAGUUAGCGAGCCUGGCAAGUGGAAGGUCAAGCAGUCGCUGCGAGAGCCUCAAGUCAAGCUGCUCGGCCUUUCCGUCAACGACUACGUGCUUCGCGUACGGUGCCGCUCGAUCAACUACGGCCUGUGGAGCAAUUGGAGCCAGCCGUUGCUGAUGAGCAUUCCGAGCCAGGCGCCAGCAGCAGACAAACUUUUGGUGUUGAUUCUGGUGACGAGCAUCAGCAUGGUGGCGCUGCUGGCCAUCGCCGUGCGUGUCAUUCCGCAAUGUUCGAGAGUCAAAGACUUCUUCUGGCCACGAAUUCCAAAACCACGCAUCAUCGGCAUUGACCCGCUGCUUUUAAAGAAGGGGAACUUGGAAGAAAUCAACCGGCAUCUGAGUAAUUUCCACAGCUACUUAGCUCCCAUCUUCAUGGACACGGAUAUGUGGGACCCAGUGAGCCCCGACAGCAUCUAUGUCACCUCGAGCAAAGACUGCACCAUCCCCAUCGAGUCCCUCAGCCAGGUGACGGACACCUUCGGCGCCCCUCACGACAUAACGCCUACCGCAGCUCUUCAUCAACACGUGAGCCAGCCUCCAACGCCGUUCAGGCAAAGCCCGUACUGCACGUCUCCUCCUCAAGACUUCCCGUCGUCCCCGUGGCCCAAUAUCAUUAGCAUGCCGGAAGACAGCUACAGCAUGAUGGGGCAGCCCAUCCCACCCCCAGCCGCCCCCUCCACCAGCUGCCCCCGGCAGGAUCUCUACAGCUGCGUGCACCUCUUGAACCACAGCGACGGGCUUCAAUUGGUGCCGUGCCCGCCGCUGGCGUAUUGCGAGCUCCCGCCACUCCCCAAGUCUAAUUUCCACGGUGACGUAAAGGAGCAAGACGAGGAGAAGCUGGCCGAGUAUCAGGCCAAAUAGAAAGAUGUAGCCAAAGAGAGCUGAGCAAGAUGUGCAGAAGAGCAGUAGAUAUUUGUCUUGUUUUUGUGAACCACUUGACUUUGUCAGAUUCUAAGAAGAAUUGGCAGCAUCCUCUUCGAGCGUUAAUGGUGGAAAGGGUUUGAAUGGAGUCCUGCAUGUUGCGUGGAGCCCGUUCCAUCAUGAGGUCAUGAUUAUGGUGGAAAACCAAUGACAAAAAUGAAGCGUCACUAACGUGGAUUGAAAAAAAUGGCAAGACGCUGGGAGCCUGAAGCAUUCAUGCACCCCCCACCCACCCCACCCGCUCAGCUCGUAGAUAGCGUCACGCUAUUUUCAUUUGUGAUAUGAAAGUGCCACUUAG